GUUCUUGAUUUUAAUUCUAGGUUCCAGCGUUGGAUUGCACCAUUGAUAUUGAUAAAAUACCUGGAAUGAAGUUAACCCUGAAAUCUUCUUUGGGGGAGUUCCAGAAUCUGAUGAGCGAAGGACUUGGAGAUCAUCAAGAAGUCCUUGCUUUGUUUAGGGAGAACACCUCUUUUUCUCAUUUUUUGGAUGUUGAGUGUAUUCCUCCUCCUCUGUUCCUAUGGCAACUCAUUGCGAGGGAAGCCAAAAUAAAGAGGAAAGGAGAGAUGUGGUUUGUUGUCAAAGGAGUUUCUGAAUUAACCUCUACAAAGAAUGAUUUCAUUCGAGCUCACUUUCCUUCUGCAAAGAAGGGAAAGAAAUCUGCUUCAGUCACAUACAAGAUGGUUGUGCAGCGUUUCUUAGACAUUUGUAAAGGUUUGGACAGGGAAAAGAAGAAAGAAGGCCAGGAGAUGGAUGCUGUGAAAAUGGCAACACUAUUGUUUGUUGUUGUUGUUCUCUUGGGUCCUGCUGAUCGCGACAAGUCUGCAAUUCUAGAUUGGAUUCUGGGCAUGAUUGCACAGUGGACAGCAGUUCUAGAUUUCCCAUGGGGAACCUGGGCAUUUAUGGAGUCCUUGGGGUCACUGAGGAAAGACCUAGCUGCUAAGGCCAAAUCAAUUGGAAGAGGGGCCUCAUCAACCAUGUACUAUACUGGUUUCUUGCUUCCCAUUGGGAUCCUUUUUCUAGAGAGAGAAGAAGCAACAAAGACUCCGGUGGAGGUGCCAGAGACGACAAUCAUGGAUGAUUGUGAACAGACUGAGGCACGCAAUCCUUCACCUGAUGAUAAGGCUGAAUCUACCCAUGAGGUAAUGGAAACAGACGAUGCUGCUUCUAUGAAACCUCUGCAGAACAAGAAGGAAUUGGGAGACGAGGCUGAUAUUAUUGAUGCCCAUGUGCAUGGAAAGGUUGAGCCUAGCCAUGAGGUCAUGGAAACAGACGCUGCUGCUUCUAUGAAAACUCUGCAAGACAAGGAAUUGGGAGACGAGGCUGAUACUAUUGAUGCCCAUGUGCAUGGAAAGAGAUUGAAAAAGAAGUUAGCCAGUUUGAAGUCUCCAUAUAUAGCGGAGGGGAGGAAGAAAAAGAAAGCCGAUGAACUCUUAUCUAAGCCGCCAACUAAAAGAGAUCUUUUGGAAUUUAAGAGGUUCAUCGCAGAAGCAAUUAAAACUGACAGCCCUGUACAAUGCUACCUCGAGCAGCACAAGGAGCAUGAGGAAUAUGUGAAAACCUGGUGGACUAACCUUAUCACUCCAGGUCUUUGGGUAGCGGAUACUCAACUGAGUGAGUACCUUUACGUCCUGAGAAGACGUUUAUGCAAUGACGAUGGAGACUCUGUCAUUGCGCCUUUUGAAUUCACAACGUACGUGAACUCUUUUGCGCAUGACCCACAAUGGCCUGUUUUGUCUGGACCCAUUGAAAAGAUUGUGGAUGGUACAUACAGCGAGGAGCAGGAAGCAUUUAAAACCAAAGCCUGGAAAAAGAACACUAAGUAUGUAUAUUAUUUGAAAGCCACGGGUACACAUUGGUUCUGUGUCAAGGCUGACUUUGAGAGGUGCUGCCUCGUCGUGCUUGACUCCCUUUCUGGGAUAUCUACGAAUGAGGACAUGCAUCGUUUGCUGAAAGAUGAACUUAAAGGGUUUUCAAGCAUUGCUGGAAUUAAAGAAAUUGGCAAGCACGGAUAUGCCACUUGGGAUAUCGAAUUAUGCCCAGUACCCCAACAGAAUAAUUCUGACUGCGGCAUCUUCGCGGUAAAAAUGUUAGAGUUGGGAGCACAACAUAAGGAUUUUAAAUCUUUGGAGAAGAUGACAAAAGAAAAGAUGGCCAACAUGCGUUUAGAAAUUGCUUACUACAUAUGCAAGGAGUACCAUUGUAGAAACAAAAAAUAAAUUCUGUGGUAGAUAAAUAUAUUAUUAAUAAAAUUAUGGUGGAUAC